AUGGUGGUGAAAUUAUAUAUUUGGAGCACGAAGUCCCACUGGGGUCACGUGUCCCUGGCCUUGGGGGACGGGACUUACAUCAGUUGGAGACCGACCUACCAAGUGGAAAUAAAUCCAACUUGUGCGACAGAAUGGGUGAUUGCACGCGCUCAGCAAACGUUACAGGACGAUAUUCGUACAGAGUUUGGAAAACUUCCCGUCCACGCCAUCAAAAUUUCCGACGAAAUAUUAGAUGAAGAUAAGAUUAAAAGGUGGUGGUUGAAGUUCAAGGCCAACAACAAGUACAACCUUCUCACGUGCAAUAGUUCCACCGUUGUUUAUUUCGCCCUGAGAGAAGGCGGUGCUCUAGAUCACGUGAUUGAUCGUCAACCGAGAUGGUGGACACCAGACGAUAUCAAAGCUUUCGGAGAGGCGAUUUGUUUAGGGUACAAAACUAAAGGGAAGGCUGGAGUUAUGUUUUCACCAAGUGAUCAACAGUUUAUGUCACAUCUUGGAAAGGUGACGUCAGCUGGAAUGAUUAACUCUUUCCUGUCUACGUGA